UUUUCAUUUUGGUAGUAGUAAGAAUGCAAAGUUUGCUCUCAAGAAUGAUUCAAUUGCUUAAGCUUUGUUCUUUUCUAGCUCUCAUUUAUGAACUUGCUUGUGCUGACCCUCUUAAUGAUCCUCCUGAUGAGCUUUGUUCAAGCACUAGUAAUUACACGGCGGGUAGUCCUUUUGAAAAAAACCUCAAAGAAGAUCUCUUCUUUUCUUUAUCUUCAAAUUCUUCUUUUACUAAGUUCUACAACACUUCUUCUGGAAACGACCCAGAUAGAGUUUAUGGACUGUAUAUGUGCUUCAACUACGUAAAUGGAAACGACUGUCAGAGCUGUGUAAGCCUUGCAACAACAGAUAUUGUGAAGCUCUGUCCAAACAGUAAGGAAGCAUUUGUAGGGGAGGAACUUUGCCAAUUUCGCUACUCGAAUCAAAAUUUCUUUGGCCAAUUGGAUGUUACGGGAAACAUUCCCAAACAAAAUGAAAAGAACAUUUCAGAGCCACAAUUGUUCAAACGUGUUGUAAACAAUGUAUUGAGUAACCUUGCGCAAAAGGCAGCUUUUGAUCCUCUGGCUAACAUGUAUGCUACUCGAGAAGAACCCUUUAAAGAUGAUACAAUCUAUGCUCUAGUGCAGUGCGGUACUGACUUGUCUGCAAAUCAAUGUAACUCAUGCCUACAGAAGGCUAUAUCAGAUAUUCAAACAUGCUGCUAUUUCUCUGUUGGUGCAAGACUUUUUAGUCGUAGUUGCUAUUUGCGCUAUGAGUUAUACAACUUCUAUCAAGUUCUACCUUCUUCCACAAAUAAUAUCAAUGGGGAAAGUAGUGUAAGGAAAAUAUGGAUGAGGAAGAAUGAAAUUGCAACUCAAGGACCUAUUUUUCGUAACGUUCAUGACCAACAUAACACUGACUUUCAGCACCAAAAUUUUCAAGGAAGAAAUAACCAGCAAGAUCAAGAACUCCCUUACUUUGAUUUUGCAUCCAUAAGUGCAGCUACUGACAACUUCAGUGAUUCAAAUAAGCUAGGAGAAGGGGGCUUUGGCACUGUUUACAAGGGUAUACUGAGUGAUGGAAAGCAAAUAGCAGUGAAAAGGCUUUCCGGUUGUUCUGAACAAGGUUCAACGGAAUUCACCACUGAAGUUCUGCUCAUUAUGAAAGUUCAACACAAAAAUCUUGUCAGGCUUUUAGGUUUCUGCAUAGAAAGGGAGGAAAAGCUGCUUAUCUAUGAAUACAUGCCGAAUAGCAGCCUAGAUUUCUCUCUCUUUGAUGCAAAUAGACGAGAGCAACUCAAUUGGAGCAGACGAAUUAAUAUCAUAAAUGGAAUUGCUCGGGGAUUACUUUAUCUUCACGAAGAUUCUCGACUUAGAAUAAUUCAUAGGGACCUAAAACCUAGCAAUGUGUUGUUGGAUAAUGACAUGAACCCAAAGAUUUCAGAUUUUGGGAUGGCAAGAAUCAUUGAAGGAAAUGAACAUGAAGCUAAUACUGCUAAAAUAGUUGGGACUUAUGGAUACAUGGCUCCAGAGUAUGCUAUGGAAGGAUUAUAUUCCAUAAAGUCUGAUGUUUAUAGCUUUGGAGUUCUCUUGCUUGAGAUCAUAACUGGGAUAAGGAAUGCUGGCUUCCAUCAAUCGAAACGUGCUCCCAGCCUCCUAGCAUAUGCAUGGAAAUUAUGGAAUGAAGGAAAAGGAUUGGAGUUGAUGGAUCCUUUGUUGACUAAUUCAUUUUCUUCAGAUGAAUUUUUGAGAUACAUUCAUAUUGGUUUACUAUGUGUUCAAGAAGAUGCAUAUUACAGGCCAACAAUGUUCUCUGUUGUCCAAAUGCUUAAAGGUCAAACUAUGACACUUUGUCGACCUGAACGACCCGCUUUCUCUGUGGGGAGAUUCACAGAUCACUAUGAAACAAAUCCUAACAGCUGUUCAGUCAAUGGCUUAACAAGUUCAGGCGUUUUGCCUCGAUGAUGGAGAUGAGGGAUCCGUUUGAUAUCUCACAAUGCCGACAUUUGUUUUGUGUGUUUCCAGACUGGUCAUGACAUUGAAGACCUUACAAACUCAAGGUUAUACCUUAAGUUUAUGGGGGUAUUAGAGAUAAUAUGGCCUUAGAAGCCCAAACCUGCUAUAGGCCCAUUUACUUGUAGA